AUGUUGGCCAUUGUGCGCGCAUCUUUACGACCACGGCCAAUUCGUUCACUCAGUAUUCCAUGCGCACUACAUCAACCGUCACGAUGGUUCAGUCACAGCCUAUCCCGCCUAGUUGGUGAAGCAUCAUCACCUCCGAAACUCACAUAUCCAGAUCCCCCAACUGCAAACCACUCAGACCUCGAUUCAUUCAUCUCCUACGCCCGUCGAACCGGCCUGGACGAAAAGUCCACCGUCUACGUCGGCACCCACUACGAGUACAAAGUGUCUCGCGCCCUCUCCCAAUACGGAUUCCAUUUGAAACGGAUAGGCGGUGCAUCAGACUACGGCACAGACUUGGUCGGCACUUGGACACUCCCAUCUUCAUCCACUGCACCAUUACGAGUCCUAGUGCAGUGCAAAGCUGGCACUCAACGUGUUGGGCCACAGCACAUCCGUGAGCUGGAAGGGGCAUUUGUAGGCGCCCCUGUUGGAUGGAGAGGAACCGGCGUGCUGGGCGUGCUGGCUAGUGAGCGGCCUGCGACGAAGGGUGUUCGCGAUUCCCUGGGAAGAAGUAAGUGGCCCAUGGUGUAUAUGUGCUGCUCGAAAGAGGGAGCUGUGUCGCAAAUGGUUUGGAACCAGUGUGCGGAGGAGCUGGGGUUAGAGGAGUAUGGAGUUUCGAUUAGACGUGGUGAUGAUGUGGAGGCGUUGGUGUUGUUGAGAAAUGGGAGAGUGGUGCCGUUGUUGGAGGAGAAGUGA